AUGCUAAGAAGAGCCAUUGCUGCUAAUUCAAUUUUGGGCCAUCCAUGCGCUUCUAUUGGUACCACCUUAGGUGUAGCCAACAAAAUACAGCCCUUUUCUUCCAACUACAAUGACUCAAAUCGUCAAAAAACACAAUCUUAUUAUUCGAGUCGUACUGCAGCGCACCAUCAGUCUGCAGUUAAAUCCUCUUCAGUUGCUAUGCCGCAGACAACAGCAUACAAAGAAGCCAAACCAAUUAAGGAGACCGCACCAAUUACUCAUCGUAAGAUCUACGACCUAAACGUUGGAGAGGUAGGAUUGGAAAAAGAUUACAAUACCGAUAACCAUGAAGAGGUCCCUUUGCAGCGUAACGUCAAGAAUCAGACCAAAGAUUUCCUCAAAUCCAAGCCGCAGCGUCUUUCAUUUAAAAGCUCAUUUUCUCAAAGCAAUAUUAAUACGAUGACUCGAGCUCCAGUGAAGGAAUAUGAAGAGGUUUCCGAAGCAGUUCAAACAUAUCGUCCUGACUUUGACGAUGAGGAGACCGACGUCACAAAGAUUUACAGCAACGAUGAAGUGCAGCAUCUUGUACAGGGUUCUGAUAUAAAAAAAGACUCUGUUCAUACUUCCACUAAAUCGGAUUAUGUGGAUGAUUUCAAGGCACUCGUGACCAUAGACCAAAGGGCUGACACUGCUCCUAAGAAGCGUGCUGUCGACGCAUCGGAUGAUAUUUUAGUCGUCAAAAAUCAAGCAAGCGAAGAGAGAGUUUCUUCCCGCGCACGAGACGCCGAGUAUCUAGAUGACGACAAUGAGGCUGACAGUUUUGCGUCUGUCUCUCAGCAGCCUUUUUUUUCUGAGCUCAUUCGAUGCGUUGAGAAGAAUAUGAUGCGUUACCGAAAGGAAAUACGCCAAACCAAUCGCUACAGCCUAGAUUUGAUAAAUGAUUGUGUACGUCCACUGUUGCAGCUUACGGACUUUCCUUUCACUGCUUAUAAACUUACCGAUCUUACUAGCAGUAUUAAUCCUAUUAUUUUGAAGAGAUCACUGGCUGACUAUGCGGCUUGUAAGCGUCUUCAUGUCUACCGCUCCGAGGAUACGGAACUUUUACUGGAUUGGUCUGUCGAAGACUUCCUUCGAAGGCGCUACGAAAGUAUCCAUCUUUCGUGGGAACGCAUGAAUGUUGUAUACCGUCGCUUUGGUUGGAACCCAGAUAUUAUUUCCGACCGUGAUUGUUUGACAUACUUCUCCGAGUUCUCCGAGUUUGUUGAGUUAGCAAAAUUGGAAAUGACGGUGGAUGGAAAGCCUAAGGCUGUUUUGAUUACUGACCCCAUUGCGUUGGCUGAGAGGAGGCCAAUUCCUGCCUCGAAUCUGUUGAUUCGUCGCCGCUCUAAUCCUGGUGUGGAGCCUUCCAUUACGGAGUCCGUACGCCUCAUGGGGAACCCUGCGAUGUUCGAUAAGCGAUCACUCGCCCAUAACGUAUACCGUCGACAUCCGCGCAACAGUGAAUCCGUUUCCAGCAUGUUUCAGGCCGUAGAAAAGGCAUUGAAUGAUGUUGAGGGUGAUGAAGCUACGAAGUUCGCCCAUGCCAUCGACUCGGUUCCCUCGCUAAGACAGGCAGCUCAGCCAAUUGGUCGCGUGGUAAGGGAAUUUUCCAUUGGCAAGGUUACCAACGAUGAAAAACAAUACCCGAGCAUGCUUUCUCGUCAGGAGGCUCCCGUCGAUAAUGUGAAAAAUGGAGCUUCGGAUCAGCACACCCGUGGUCUGGAUACUCUACCCAAGGUCUAUGACCCUGAGCUGCAUGAAUUCUUAUCUAAUGCAUACCACAAGAAUAAAGUAGAGAUCACGAUGCUACGCCGUCGUCUCCUCAGUAUCAGCAAUGCCGACGAAGCUGCAGAGAUUCAGACAAAAAUUAUGAAUUCACGCAACGAGCUAAACUCCCUUAUAGACCGGCUGCGCCAUAUGAGACAACUUAAGCAGGCCGUGAAGCAGGAGCGAGAGAAUAACAAAAUGAGCGAGAAUGUUAUUAAUAAGGAUGACAACCCUGAGUUCUCGGUUCUUAGUAAUGAACAGGAUUUUCCCGAGGCACCCGAGCAUAAUUUGUCAAAAAACCCGACCGCCGCUGAAGACAUAGAAGAUGAUGAUAUCGAUAUUUCAAAAGAGUUAAAACAAUUUGAGUCUGAGGUGGUUGAAUCAAUGAUGAACGCCACUGCUGCUAUUUCAACGAAUGAGGGGAUUGAGUCAGACGAAAUAAGUGGGAAACACCAUAAGAAUUGGAGUUUGAAGGAUGAUUCAGCCAUAGAAGAAAAGGAGGCAGUACCGGAAAGUGAUGACAUUCAGAAUUCUACUCUGGAUGCCGUAAACGACACGGCAGAAGACGAAGAAGAGGUUUACGAUCGUUGGUGUCGUGAGCAGGAAAUGCCGACAAACUCUGAAGACACUUUACACAAGGCGUCACAUAGACCAUCACCAUCAUCAUCAUCCUUUACGCAUGACCAAACUGAAGUGAAUCCUGACAAAGUGAGCGCCUCUUUGCAUAGCGAGAAGUUAUUGCAGCUCUGCGAAGAGGUGUCUUCAGCGGCUCAGAACGCACGCAAGGAGAUGGACCAGAUCUUGCGUCAGAAAAUCUUACAAGAGGCUGCUAUAGCCAAACAAGUACACAUGGCAACCAAUAAGGUGACAAUGUUGGAGGAAAAACUCGAUGCCCUGCGUAGUCGUCAUCAAAAGGCCUGUGAAACCGAAGCUCGGGAAGCUGCUGAGGCGAAAGCUAAAGCAGCUGAAGAAGAACUUCGCCAUCAACGUGAGCUACGUCAGGUUCAGCUGGAAAGACAACGGGAGCAGGCUCGCUUGGCCCAGCUGGAGGCUCAGAAGGCCCUCGCUCAGCAACGGGAAGCCGAAGAGGCAGUAUUAGCUGCCGAGCGGAAACUGCGGGAAGUGCGAGUUCAAUACAAUCUAACCAAACAAGGCACUGAUACCAGUGAGCAUACUAAGGAGGCCAAUGUAUUUGUAAACAGUUCCAUAACUGUCGAAAAGAAGAAUCAAGCUUCCAACGUAGCUGUAACCCCCGCGACAAGUGAAUCAUCUGCAGUGAAGUCGUAUUCUUGUUUCGAAGAAACAGGAACGAAGGCGCCGAACUCGGCUCCGGGUGCCUUUUUUAUGUGCACGCCGGAGCAGUAUAACGGGAUGCAGCUCGCUGCAUCUCGUCUUCGCACCGAAAUCGCAUGUCUGGAGAAGCAAAUGGAGCAGGAGGGCGAGGAAGAUGACGAAACGCUUAUGACUGUCUUGGCAGCCUCGCGUGCCGAUCUUGAGGAACUAGAUGCUUGUAUAUCUUCUGUCCAGCUGCACGCUCCAUGGGCCGCCGAGCAAGACGCAAAGCGUGAGCAGGAGAACCGCGCAAAGGACCUUGAAGGCAACGCGGAAUCGCAGGGUAUUCAAAAUCAGAUUGCUCAGAAGCGUUUCGAGAUCAGUCUUUUGGAGCGACGUCUACACCACGCCUCCGAGCGCUCCGUGAUUAACAAACUAGAGCAGGGCAUUAUUGAAGUGCGUAGGCAAAUUAGUCGCCUUCGGGUGGAGCAGGAUCGUCUCCGACGGGCUGGCACGAAUGAACUUGGUCUUCUACCCUCCAUCAGCAUUACCAAAGUCCUCGAAGAUGAGGUAGAAAAUAGUGAUGAGGAAAUUGAGGAUGCCAGCAUGACAAGCGAAUUCGAGUGCUCCAAGGCUUUGGAUAACAACGCCCUCGAUGACGAUGUCGACACCGCGGGUGAGCUGAACGACAACGUGGACGCUACCGACGAGGAGGAUUUAACGGCUCAGAGCUUUGACAACGAGGACGAGCCUGAUGUUGACCCCGUCGCGGCAUUUGAUUUGGAAGGCACUGAGGACGUUAGGGGGGAUCAACCAACAGCUAACGCGCCCGAAGAAGAACGGCAGAAGUCUGCCACUGCUAGCGGCAGCCCUCUUGUGGACGCCAACCCUGAGACUCAAAGGCUACACCUGCGUCUUGAAAGUAUGCUUCGGGAUAUUCAGCACUUACAAGACAAUAUUUCCCUUCAAGAAAGCUCUACCUCUUAUGAUGAGGAUGAAGCAGAGGCUGUGCUGCUUGAAAUGCGUAAAAAACUCAGAGAAUUGCUUCGGCUACGCGAUGAUGUGCAAACGCGGCUAGUAGAGGCGAUGCCUAGUGGUAAGGAUAAGCAGGGAUCACCUACCAACUCUGCCGCCGGGGAUGCUCCCCAUACCCCUCCGGAACCGCCACUCAUGGGCUCACGUCUGAGUUCCUCAAUAGUACCUUCCAGUUUCAGAACGCUCUCCAUACCGAUACCACAUCUUCACGCCGAAAAGAUUCGUGUUGCGUCUGCCUUAAAGAAGAUGCAACGUUCCACGCUGAAGGGAAAAGGAAAGCGAUAA